AUGAGUCUCAUGAAACAAGGGCUAGGAGCCCUUACUUCUCGGAGAGGUGGUCUCAAUGGAGGAGGCACGUUCUCCGAGAUGGGUCUCAGGGGGAGGUGGUCUCAAUUGAGGAGACACGCUCUCCCAGAACAGAAUUCAGUGUUUCAGAUCGCAACACAUCCUGAUCAACGACCUCGGUUAUCAGCUUCUCAGCAAGUCCAAAUUCUAAGUGAUGUGCAGCAGCAUCAGCAACAGUAUUCAUCUUCAGAACCUGAAAUUCCAACGAUUUCUGAUCCAACAUUACUAUCUUAUUCUGGACAAUCUCAAUCUUUCAUAGUAGAGUCACCCACCCCUCCAACAACACCUUAUCCAUCCCUUGCAAAAUACAAAGUGGAUAGAGCGAAACAGAAUUAUCAACUUCAGACACAACUUCAACGACUACAACAAAAGAUAUUUCAGCAACAAGAACAGCUCAAUCAGAAAUUAGAUAAGAGUCACCUAGAAACUGCCCAAACUCAAUACACAUCUCCUGCAAAACCAACUCAGUACCAGUCAUCUAGAUAUAAUACUCAGCAUCAAACUGUUUCUCCAAACUACGUUCGAGAUGACCUUAAUCAACCUUUCUUUAGCGACCAGCAAACCCUGCAGCUUCAAAAUUAUUUAGAGCAACAAAAACAACUGGAAAUCCUCCAAAGACAGAGGGAGCAAUUAUUGUUUCAGCAACAAGAAUUAAGAAGGCAGCAGGAACUUUUGAAAUUGGAGCAACUUCAAAGGAUGUCUGAAUUAACAACACCUUUGUCAGAAAUAACACUCCCACCUUCCGUGCUUUCUUCAACAAACUCUCCUCUGCUCUUAUCGUCUCCAACUGCAAGAAGAAUUACACCCGCAGAGAGUGAAUUGUUUAUAAAAGCUAUUCAAACUCAUCAGAAGAAGUUUUCGAUAAGUUCGACUUCUCCUACUCAAAUCACAUUGAGGCCUACAAACGGUGAUAAAGGGAGGCAGGACCGAGUUCGAUUUCUUGAUGCUGGGUCGAAAAGUCAAGAUGCACUUGUGUCACUUCUUCAGGGUCAAGAAUCUGAUAGGUCCAAGAUGCAGGUCAAGUUACUCUAUCAGACUGAACGUCCAGCAACCUCAACACCUAUUUCAGAUAGAGAUGUUUUACUAAGGAAACUGAAACCGGCUUUGGCUAAAUCAAAUGACUUUGAUGGUGAAAGAAACGUUACCACAAGGGAGAUUGUCCUACCCAAUGGAAAAAGGGUUCGAGUUGUCCACACUAGCAGUUCUUCCUCUCCAUCAAGUGUGACUACCAUAAGACCAACAAAGGCCAUUCUAGAAGAAUUAACUAGAGGUGUACUUCCUCCAGGUGCAGACUUUGAAGUCAUUAGACACAAGGAGGAUGGAAAACUCGAAGAAAUUGGAAGAGUUCCACUUUCUUCUCUUUCUCAGAAAAAAGUAACAUUCGUUGUUUUAGAGGAACAACCGGAUGGAAGCUAUAAGGUUCAAGGUGUAAAAGGUAACUCGGAGAAAGAUGGUUCAGUGGAUGUUCGAUCUAUCGUAGAAAAAAUUAAGAAAGGAGAAAUCAAGUUACCACCGAGUUCAGUGAAUCCAUCGUCAACCACAAAUUAUGUACCCACGAACAAAACAGUAAAUGGCUUUAAAUCGACGACUGACAAGUCUCGAUUUUAUUUAACUUCAAGACAUGGAUCAAGUGACUCGUCAUCAGGCAAUUACAGCCCUUACACAACUAUGUCACCAUACUCGCUUUCCUCAACAGACAAGUAUGUGACAUCUGCGUCGUCAGUCUCUGGCCACGUCUUUAAUAGUUUCAGUACUUUAAAUGAUGAUUCAAGGUUACACGGUUACUCCAGUACAGUAGGAAUUCCAUCCGCCACAACUAUCUCACCAAGUAACGAGAACUCGUCGACAGAAGUAUCGUCUUUCAUUACCUACAAACAGCAGCUAUCUCAAUCUCCGCAUCAUGUUGACUAUAAUUCACGACCUGUUACCUCUUCUCCAACGCCAAGGUCAAUAUCAAGCACACAAGCGGCAAUUUUUUCAAGCACAUUAUCUGACAACCUUAUUCAUGAAGAUAAUCAUGAAAGAAGAACAUCUUUGCAACCAGAAGUUCUGCCCACACCUCCUUCGGAAAGUAUUUACGCUUUGCUCAGAAAAGAAGGACUUUUUGCAAUGGCAAAAUAUUUGAGACAUUCAGGGCUCGACACUGUUCUAAAUGAAACUGGACCAUAUACGAUAUUUGUUCCGACUGACAAAGCCUUCAGAACUCUCUUAGUGCAGCUCGGAGGUCCCGAAAAGGCUGAACAAAAAUUCAAGGAUAAUCCUAGGCUUCUAAGUGGAUUGGUUUUGCAUCACGUAAUCCCUGGUGCAUUUAGAAUCCACACUUUAUUGGACGAAAUGACCGGUGUCAGUUUGGCAGGAACACAACUGCGCGUGAAUGUUUAUUCUAUGCACGAUCAUGAGUGGAACGACGUCAGCGUAACCACCAUAAAUGGAGCGAGAGCGGCUCCCAAUAAACGGGACAUUAAAAUUCCCCAAGGUGUUGCUCACGCCAUUGAUAGAGUAAUGUUCCCACUUCCGGUGGGCGAUAUAGUGCAAACUUUGCAGGCCGAUCGAGAGCGAAGGUUUUCAACUUUCCUCAAGCUCUUACACGCAUCCAGUUUUGACGAAAUGCUUUCUGGGUCGAAAACUUACACAGUUUUUGUUCCGACGGACGCUGCAUUUGUCGAAGCUGCCACAAAAAAUGGAGGUUUAUUAUGGAGAGAAUCUGAUGGAAUAGAUGCGGCGAAAGAUAUAGUUACUAGGCAUAUUGUCCCCACAACUCUUUACACCGCAGGGAUGAGGUAUUACCAUAAAAAAGAAACGCUUCAUGAAAAAAUGCUACCAAUUCACAUUCAAAAAACGGGAGGGCGAAUCCGAAUAAAUGAUGCUUAUAUAGUAACGUACAAUAUACCAGCUACGAAUGGAGUUUUACACGCGAUUGACGCAGUUUUGUAAAAAGGAAAGGUGAAAAUUGAACGCCAGUUACCAGUGAUUAUAAAAAAGUCAAACACAUUUGGCUCUAGCGAUAACCGUUCGUCACCUUCAUAUUUAUCGUGAAAGAGAAGCAAAAGUGCUUCUUUGUUAUAAAUUUUUGUAAUGAAAUUGGAAUGGGUAACUUUUUUCGCUAAUCAAUCUGAGCUAGAUACGAGCCGAUCAUCGACAAUUGCGAGCUGACAUAAAUAAAAUGCCAUACGAGUUGUACAAAAUUAAGGAGAAAUUUUAUGAGCGUGUAUACACACACACACACACACAUAUAUAUAUAUAUAUAUAACUUGCAGAUAGUUUCAUAUAUGCGCACUACUAAUUUAUAUGAGACAAAGCAUCGUACGGACUUAAGCCUGCAUUUACGUACUUGUACCCGGCUUAAGACGUACCACUAUUGGUUUUAAGAUAGCUUGUAAACAAUAUUUUAUUAAUAAAUGUACAGAAUUUUUCAGAAAAUUUUCAA